UGGCCAGCCAACUCACCAGAUUUAAAUCCUAUUAAACACCUCUGGUGGGCCCUCAAGCGUAAAGUGCAUGAAAUCUUUCCACAGUAUAGAAAUUACAGCCAAGCCCAAGACGAGUGGCAUAGGUUUUGCGAGGCUCUAAAAGAGUGCUGGCGUCGGCUACCAAAUGAGCUGAUUACUCAGCUAAUCACGUCUAUGCUGCGCCGCCUCGCAGCCUGCCGACGCGCGCGAGGCUAUCAAACAAAGUACUAG